UAAAAGCAAAGCCAAGGAAAAUAUCUGAGUAUUGUGAUAAAUGAUGCAAGAUGAACUCAAGGAUAGAUGUGAAACAAAGUCGAAAAAUAUUGAUUUUCCUAAUGACAUAGAGAAAGAAAAAACAUUAAAUCACUCUGAUAUCUCUGGUAAAUCAAUCUCGCAAACUAGUCACUUUAGGAAACAGAAAUACAUUCAUACACGAGAGAAACCACAUCAGUGUGAUAUUUGUGGUAAAUCAUUUUCUCAAAGUAGUCACUUGACUACACACAAGCGCAAUCAUACUGGUGAGAAACCAUAUGUCUGUAAUAUCUGUGGUAAAUCUUUCUCUCAAAGUAGUGAAUUAAUUUCUCACAAACGUAUUCACACAGGAGAGAAACCAUAUCACUGUGAUAUCUGUGAUAAGCCAUUCUCUCAAAGUGGGGAAUUAAUUAAGCACAAACGUGUUCAUACAGGAGAGAAACCAUAUCAUUGUGGUAUCUGUGGUAAAUCAUUCUCUCAAAAUGGUAACUUAAUUACUCACAAACGUAUUCAUACAGGAGAAAGGCCAUAUCAGUGUGAUAUCUGUGGUAAAUCGUUUUCUGAACAUAGUGCUACAAUCAAACACAAGCGUAUUCACACAGGGGAGAAGCCAUAUCACUGUGAUAUCUGUGGUAAAUCAUUUUCUGGAAGUUCAAACUUAACUAUUCAUAAACGGAGUCAUACAGGAGAGAAACCAUAUCACUGUGUUAUCUGUGGUAAAUCAUUCUAUACAAAUAGUGCCCUAACUACACACAAGUAUAUUCAUACAGGAGAGAAGCCACAUCCCUGCGAUAUCUGUGGUAAAUCAUUCUCUGGAAAAAGUGCCCUAACUACUCACAAACGUGUUCAUACAGGAGAGAAGCCAUAUCAUUGUGAUAACUGUGGUAGAUCAUUCUCUCAAAGAUCUCAUUUAGCUGUACAUGUAUGUAUCCCUGGCUGAAGUUGUAUGGCCUAAGUAAGUGGCUGACACAAUUUAUGAAUUCUCAUCAUCAUUGUUUUAAUGUCCAUUCUACAUGAUGGUAUGGGUUUGAUAUGUCUGUUACACAAGAUAUCAGAACAUCUCAAUUGUGAGGCCCAGGAUCUUGAGUUCUGACCUCGUUAUUCUUUGUAAAUAUUCUUAAUUACCUGAAAUUGAAAUAAAUCUGGUUUUGCUCUUCAA